AUGACGGCAAACAACACGUAUAGUGUUGAAAGGGGAGCUAAGGAUUCAACAGAUUCCACAACAUUCAAGAGCACACUGUGCCACCAAGUAUCAGGAGUAAUUAUUUUCGCCAUUGGCUUGGGAAUUGGAGUCAUUAUUGGCGUAUAUGCAAUCAAGCCAACAGAUGGUGAUCAAUGCCUCAAUGGUGUGGCCUCUGUUGCCCCGGCGGUGGUAACAACUCCAAGACCUGUGGUUCAACCUGCAACAAACAAAACAUCCAUUCCAUCGUGCCCUGCAGAUAAAAGUCCCACCCGAUCCAGUAAAUCAGAAGACAAGGGGAUGUUUGAAUUAUUGUCUAAAGACGAAAUGAACGCAGUUAAGAAUUUUCUUAAGGCUCAAGGCCAUGUCUCAAUAACUGAAGGGACUCCUACUCUGAAGGAUAGCUAUAUUUAUGGAAUGUCUCUCUACGCUCCAUAUAAAUCACAGGCCUUGAACCACCUCGACAAAGGAGGUCCAAAUCCAGGCAGAUACGCAGAUGUCCAUGUUCACAGAGGCAAUAGAGCUGUCCCAGACUUGAUGGAGUACAGGGUCGGACCUCUUGGCGGUGCUAUGACAGCUCAGGCUAUGUACAGAGAUGGAGAACUGCCUUACAAUAGUCGACCAAGAGAUGGCAUUGAGUGGGAUGGAAUCACUGCGACGGUGUCUCUUGCUAUGGCCACUUUACGUCCAUUGCUGCAAGAAAGUUUCGACGGAGCCUUCUAUCCCAAUGGAGGAUUGGUCUUUCAUCCACAAGCUCCACCAAGCCUUCAAGCAAAUGAGAGAGGAACAAGGUUUGUGAUGGCCUUUAUUGUAGAUGGAACGGCGCGAGGACGUGAUCUGAACUUCUUACCCCUCACCGGAACAGUUCACAACCCAGGAGUGAAUACCAAUACCUGGUACGCCCACAGUCUGUACUAUUUAGACCAAGGACCUUUUCCCACAGCCGAAGCUCUUCUGUCUGCCUACAACAACGGAACACUCAGGAAAGUUGCACUGCCAAGAGGUUACCGCCAAACGCUGUUCUCAACUACUUAUCCUAAACAAAACAAUGACAAACACAGGGAGUCCUCCGACAAAGCCCCACCCAGGUCCUAUUAUCCCUCUGGUCAACGUUAUUCAAUCCACGACCACGCAGUGAAAUGGAUGGACUGGGAAUUCGUUGUUGGUAGUAGCCAGUUUCGCGGUCCCAGUGUCUAUGACGUUAAAUUCAAGGGUGAAAGGAUUGUAUAUGAGAAUUCGCUCAACGAUGUAACAUUAGCUUACGCAUCUGACGUGACCUCUGGAGCAAAUACCAUCUAUAUGGAUGCCACUUUCGGUGUCGGAGAGUUCCAGAGUCUCAUACCCGGUGUGGACUGUCCUCAUCACGCCACCCUCUUAGAUGCUGCUUGGUUUGACAGCUACAGUCAGUCGCCUAUUUCAGCUAAUGCAAUUUGUGUAUUUGAAACAGCUGGUGAGCAUUCACUGUGGAGAAGAAAGGACAAAUUUGCUGCAGGAAUGGCAAACAAUUUUCUGGUGGUCAGGACUGCAUUGCCUGUUGGGAACUAUGACUAUACUAUUGACUUUCUUUUUUUCCUUGAUGGUAGCCUCAAAACAGAUGCAUCUGCUUCUGGGUAUCUGCAGUCCAGCUUCUGGGACCCGGAAAACCCCCGUGCUGGACAGGACAAAGCAAUUGAUGCAUUUGGCUACCGAGUUGGAGAUUAUGUUCACGGUGCUAUUCAUGAUCAUACGUUUGGCUUCAAGGUUGAUAUGGACAUACUGGGAACAGAAAACAGCUUUGACAUCAUUAAAUGGAAAGCUGGAGAUGUAGCUACAGCCCUGAAGACACAAGCAAAUGUCACUGAGAAGCCUUCGUAUUUCCUUUAUAACGAAACACGUUAUGUGGAAUGGGAAACCCUUGCAACGGAAGCUGGUCUGAAGAUCGACUUAAACCAUCCUGAAUUCUGGACAGUGAUGAGUGAAAAUAAGAACAAGUGGGGAGUGAAAAGGGGGUAUAGAAUUGCACCCGAAACCUUGGCUGCACAGGUUCUUACUGACCAACAUCCCAGUAUGAAAGCAACAUCGUACACAAAGUACCACUGCGUUGUAACCAAACAGGAUGAUGCUGAAAGGUUUCUUACUGGAACCUACGACCUUAACCGGUUGGCUGAUCCGAUGGUAUCCAUUGACAACUACAUCAACAAUGAACCAAUCGUCAAAACAGAUCUGGUCACAUGGGUUGUAGUUGGCUUUUUACACAUACCAACAUCAGAAGAUGUUCCGAUGACAAUUGGGCCAACGACAGGCCAUGGAAACCAUGGAACUAUUUUGACAGAACGUCAACAUUCGAUAUGCCUCAGUACAUGGACACCAAGGAUCGAUCGUUCACGCAGCGCCCCCCUGAAUCGGAACCCUGUGUUGAGCAGAAAGCAAAAGACUGUUACUUUUGUGAAUAACUGUUUUAUCUAA